GGCCCGGCACAGCGGUGCCGGCCGGGCGGUGGGCGAUCGCCGCGGGAGCGGGCGACCGCCGCGGCGCGCUCGAAGCCCCGAGCUUCAGCCCGGCUCUGAGCUCGCGCCCCACGCCCGGAUUUCAGGAGCAAACCUCGGGGCGGGCCACCGCACCGACCCGGCAGCCGUGGCCCGGAUAAAUGGAGCUGAAAUCCAUCCUGGCUGCCGGAGCCAGUCGUAGGGCUUCUCCAGCUGCUCUGGGAAACACCUUCGUCACCCUUCUGUUCAGACAGUAACUGCUUCCCUCUGCUUAUCCCAGGGUUUGUCAGUUAAGGUGCCAAAAGAAAUGGGGACCAGCAACACUGAGAAGUUCUAUAGGAUCCCUGAAGGAAAAGGACCACAUUCUGUUGGAUGUACAGACCUGAUGACUGAAAAUGCAACUGAGGGAAGUUUCUUGCGCCUUUAUUAUCCAUCAUGCGAUGCCACGGAAAACGAAGAGGCACCAUGGAUUCCAGAUAAGGAAUAUUAUCAGGGCCUUUCUGACUUCCUUAAUCUGUUCCGAAUUGUGGGAGAAAGGCUUUUCCAAUACUAUGUUGGUUCAGUGACUUGUCCUGCAAAAUCCAAUGCUGCUUUCAAGUCUGGAGAAAAAUACCCACUCCUCAUUUUUUCCCAUGGACUCGGAGCUUUUCGGACUAUUUAUUCUGCUAUUUGCAUUGAGAUGGCUUCCCAAGGUUUUAUAGUUGCUGCUGUGGAGCACAGAGAUGAAUCAGCUUCAGCAACAUAUUACUGUAAAAGAAAGUCUGUUUCUGAGCCACAGGAAGAGUCCACAUUGAACAUGGAAAAGGAGUGGAUCUACUACAGGAAACUGAAGUCUGGAGAGGAAGAACGAUCUUUGCGUCACAAGCAGGUGCAACAAAGAGCACAGGAGUGUAUCAAAGCCCUCAAUGUAAUUCUUGAAAUUAAUUCAGGAGAAGAAGUAAUGAAUGUACUUAAUUCAAACUUUGACUGGAAUCUCCUGAAGGAUUCUGUUGAUACUAGCAGAAUAGCUGUGAUGGGACAUUCUUUUGGUGGUGCUACAGUUAUAGAGAGUCUCAGCAAAGAAAUUAGAUUCAGGUGUGGCAUUGCACUGGAUGCUUGGAUGCUUCCCGUAGGUGAUGACAUUUACCAAAACAGUGUUCAACAACCACUACUUUUUAUCAACUCUGAAAAAUUCCAGUGGGCUGAUAACAUCUUAAAGAUGAAGAAGCUUGGCUCCAAUGACACAAACAAGAAAAUGAUCACUAUCAAGGGAUCAGUACAUCAGAGCUUUCCCGACUUUACCUUUGUGAGUGGAGAACUUGUUGGAAAAUUUUUCAAAUUAAAAGGAGAAAUAGAUCCAAAUGAAGCUAUUGAUAUUAGCAAUCAUGCUUCAUUAGCCUUCCUGCAGAAACAUUUGAGGCUGAAGAAAGACUUCAGUAAGUGGGAUUCGCUAGUGGAUGGCAUAGGACCCAAUGUUAUUCCUGGCACCAAUAUUGAUUUGUCUCCAGCUCAACCUGAGUAACUAAUACAAAGAAGUUUGUAAAUGCCAUGGACAUCAUGACACUAAUGCUGGCCAGAUAUUACGGAGAUAGAGGAUAGUUAGUAACUUACACAACUUUUGGGGUAUGGAACAAAAAAAAGAUAUUAGGCUAUACUGUCAACAUGUAAAAAGGUUUUUAAUUCAGAUGAGAUAAUGGAAUCCUUUGAAAUACACAAAGAUUAGUUGAAUUUCUUUAAGCUUAACCUAAGCCACGCUUCAAGUCAAUUUGCAUCCAGCAAGCCUUCUUUGCAUUUCAGAAACAAAUGGAAGACUUUCUACAAACUACCUGAAAGAUUCAGCUAUGCUCUGACAAGAGCUGUGAGUGAGAACAGGUUUCUGCUCCUUUUAGCUAGAGAUCUGCCAGUGGAAGAAGCUCUCAAAAACUGCCAUCAUAGAAACCACAAUAAAAGAAGAUGUUAUUUUAAAAUAACAAGUGAGAAGACGGAAUUUUUGUUCUGACAUACAACUUUUAUACAAACACCUCCAUUUUCAAGAUUUGUGUUUACUGCCAUACUCUGAGAGUGUUUCCCUUCCAAAAGCUGCUAAAAUGGCCAAUCGUGUUGUAGCUACCAUAGUUCUCUUUAGGUAAAGCUUUGAGCAGGGCACUCGUCAUUAAUCUUUCAGCAAUACUGCUGUAGAUAGUAUGGAAGAGACAUUCGUCACUUCUACUAUUGCUAUUAAGGAGGGGUAUGCGAUGCCACAGUCUGAUUGUUUGAUCACCUUGAUAUUCUAAUGCUCCACGUAGUUAUCCCUAGUUAAGGUAUUAGCAUUGCUGUCUCUUAUCUGUGAAGUAGGAGGAGUUGGAUUUGCUAACAGCUAAAAGCAAGGCUCUGGUUCUUGGAAUGAGAUUCGUCAAAUCUGCCAGGAUCAAGAAUGACUGCUAAGCAAAUAAGCCUUGCAAAAGGGGGACUACAUCUGACUGUAGCCUGUUUGCUUCAAAGUAAGGUUACAGACAAAAAUAGAACUGAACAAGUAACACAGUUAAUCUAAGUUAAUGUAAUGAAAUAUUUAUAUGAUCUGUGGUCACAACAUCUAAGGUCUGUUUUUCAGAAUUUAGUUUCUUAAUUAAAUUCUUUCCAGCCCA